AUGGCUAUUACGGCCGCUCCAAGCGAUUCAGGACAGUCUUCAAUUACUGUUGCUGUUCGAGUUCGUCCUUUCACGAUUCGAGAAGCCGCGCAAUUACAAAAGAACGAUAAUGGAACGGUCUUUCUCGGUGACGGUUCUUUGGCCGCUGCGCCUACGCCCAUGCUUCACCAACGCGGUAUUCGAAGUGUGAUCAAGGUCGUCGACGACCGUUGUUUAGUCUUUGACCCUCCAGAGGACAACCCCGUCCACAAAUUCGGUCGCUCAGUUCUCCCCACAUCGAAGAAGGUCAAGGAUCAAGUUUUCGCCUUUGACCGCGUGUUUGACGACAACACAACACAAUCCGAAGUCUACGAAGGCACUACCCGAACUCUCCUCGACAGCGUUCUUGAGGGCUACAAUGCGACCGUUUUCGCCUACGGUGCCACAGGUUGUGGAAAGACGCAUACCAUUACCGGUACCGCACAACACCCUGGUAUCAUCUUUAUGACCAUGCAAGAAUUGUUCGAGAAGAUUGAGGAGCGCAGUCAGGAGAAGGUCACAGAAUUGAGUCUCAGUUAUCUUGAGAUUUACAACGAGACCAUUCGUGACUUGCUGGUUCCUGGUGGUGGAGGCAAGGCUGGUUUGAUGCUCCGAGAGGACAGCAACCAGGCUGUUUCUGUGCCGGGUUUGACGAGUCAUCACCCCAAGGAUGUCCAGGAGGUCAUGGACAUGAUUGUUCGAGGAAACGAAUACCGCACAGUAUCGGCUACCGAGGCCAACGCUACAUCUUCCCGAUCGCACGCUGUUCUUCAAAUCAACAUUGCCCAGAAGGACCGUUCAGCCGGUACCAACGAGCCUCACACGAUGGCCACCCUCAGCAUUAUCGAUCUUGCUGGUUCCGAACGAGCCUCAGUCACCAAGAACCGUGGCGAGCGUCUUACAGAGGGUGCCAACAUCAACAAAUCCCUCCUCGCCCUCGGAAGCUGCAUCAACGCCCUUUGCGAUCGUCGCCAGAAGCAACACGUUCCCUACCGAAACAGCAAGCUCACCCGACUUUUAAAAUUCUCCCUCGGCGGCAACUGCAAGACCGUCAUGAUUGUUUGUGUCUCGCCAUCUAGUGCGCAUUUCGACGAAACACAAAACACUCUCCGAUACGCCAACCGAGCCAAGAACAUCCAGACCAAGGUGACGCGAAACGUCUUCAACGUGAACCGCCACGUCAAGGACUUCUUGGUCAAGAUUGACGAGCAGAUGGCCUUGAUCAACGAGCUCAAGGCCCAGCAGAAGAACGCCGAAGCUACGUUCUUUGCCAAAUUCCGAAAGCAAGCCGACAAGCGAGAGGCCCUGGCUCGAGAGGGUGUUCAACGACUUCGAACUGCCUACGAAUACUCUGCUACCGAGCGCCAAGAGCGUAUUAACAACAUGAAGCGACUCAAGGGUUUCGAGCGACGCAUCGGCAUGCUGUCAGGAUGGAUUGCUGCUUUCGACACUGUUUGCGAUCAGCGAGGUGAUGAGGACUCCAUGCCUCAGAACUUGGUCGCUAUUCGAAAGACGGCCCAGGGCAUUCUUGUUGAGUUGGAGAACAGCCGACACCAUAUUCACCAGAAGCUGGAGAAGUCUGGUUGGGAGCGAGCUAUUGACACUGCUCUGUCGCACAGCUUGCAGCAGCUUCAAGGAACUGAGGGAGCCGAUAACGGAGAGACUGACAACUUGACUCGUGAAGCCGAGUUGCUCAAGGCCAACUUCAACCGUGAGGCAUACAGGGAGGUUCUUGAGCAGGACAAGGCAGGUGAUGCUGCCAUGGUCCAGAUGCUUCUUACCGCCCAAUUCGAAAUCCUCUCAUCACUUCACGAUACUCUCGAGAUGGAUGAAGAGGAAGCCGUUUCUCACGCCAAGGAGAUGAUCAACCGUCUCCUCCAGACAGGCUUCGCUGCUGCUGGUCACGUCGUUAAGCCUGAUGGCUCCAUGCCUGUGGUUGAGGUCUUUUCACCCCGAAAGCGAGGUACACCCAAGCGCAAGAAGGUUAUCGCCAUCCAUCCCAAGCCUGUUGCACAGCCCGUCUUCAUGCCUGAGUCUACACCACUCAGCCCGACUAAGGGUUCUCCCCGACGACGUAAGGUGAUGGGAGCCUCCAAGAAGGGCAUUAGCUUCACGCCGGUGAAGAUGAAGAAGAAGGGAGGAGUUCGAUGGAGAGAUGAUGAGACUGAGGAGGGUACGCUAGCUGACUUUGAGAAGACACCUCAAAAGUUUAACUCUCCAGAUGUUUCGUCACCCGAGAAGAGCCUUAUUCCACCCCCGAUGCCAUCUUACCUCGAACCCGAACAGCCCAAGUUUGAAGAAUCGACACUGGAUGACAGCUCCAGCCCCGAUGUCACCGAGACCAGUAUCUUAGGAGGCGCGAAGUCAAGCAGAUUUCAAGCUGGAUUCCUAUCCAAGGGGGUUAGACACUCUCUUGCUGGCGGCUCACCACAGGCUCCAACCAUGUCUCUUAACCUAGGUUCCGUUUCCCCCGACGUUCAGCGAACACCACCCCUGCGAUCACUAGAUGUCACUAAGAGCGGCAACUUUUCUCCAUCGCCAUCGGGACUGGGUAUUCCACGACCGAUCCGACAUCUCAACAAGGUACAUGACGAAAACAAUCCUCCCGGAUCUGGAUCUGACUCUGAGACGAGCACAAUCGACGCGCGCAAACUCCAAACCGCUCUCCGUACCGCCAUGAAAGAGAAAGCUCGUAGAGCGAGCAUCAUGGCCGGCACAGGCGCCUCCAGUUCCAAACGUGUUUCCUCCAUAGGAUCCCUCCCCGAGCGCGCUCCCAGACCCAGUCUUUCCGGCGCCCUCGCCAGCACCACAAACGGCAUCUCUCGACUCAGAAGAGGAAGCGUCGAAAGGAGAAGAUCUCCCCCGAUGGCUUGCUUCGCAAACGACCUCACCAUAGACAGAGCCUUGACUCAAGGUCAAGCUAGACGCAUGAACAUGAGCAGCGCACGACCGGCGGAAGUCAACGGCGGAAGCCCCCAGGGCGGUAUGGCUAGCGGACCUGCGAGGAGGAUUACUAUCGGUACUGGCUCGUCAGCCGUGCCUCGCCGCCAAGUUAGUUCCGGGGGUACAUGGCGAUGA